AUGGUGAUCAACUAUUUCAACAAAGAGUGGAUUGUUGUCACAAAGCCGGGAAGUGAUGGAGAGUUUUUGAGAGGACUCUUUCACGAUUGUGUAAAUUCGUCAAAAUUCGAGCAUGGAAUUAAAUGCUCACCAUGGGGUGAAACUCCCGAUUUUGAGCCAAUAUUCUCAAAACCGAAAGAACCAUGCUUCUUUAACUACACAAUAGCUUGGUUUUCUGUGCUAUUAUUAAUAUGGAUGUCUCUCUGGGUGAUAAUUUCAAUCACAUAUUGUUGUAAUUGGAGAAGGUGUACAGUUUGGAAUAAAGCACAUGGAAAGAAGCUUUAUUUUGGAGCAAUUGGAGGAAUUGUAUCCUUUUUGAUCUUUGGUUUCAUGAUGUUGAUACCAAGAUUGACAGCUGAGUACUUUGAGGAAACCGAGAUUCCAGUGAAAUAUGAGUACUCUCUCGGCAGUGGUUUCUUUCGUUUUUUCUUUGGUGGCCUCUUCUGUUAUCUUCUAGGCCUUCUCAUUUUCUUCUAUGAUAAAAUCGAAGAAUUCUUGGCGAAACGAAAAGGACAUCAACAAAUCCCACUACAAGAAAGAACAAUCCAAGCA